UGGUUUUUUUUUCUGAUCCAAUCCAAUCAGCCAAUGCUCCAUUUCCGGUUUAGCGACGCUGCCCCACUUCCGACGUUGCUGUCAAACAUUGUGAAGCCUCAUUUCCUGGGGCGGAGGAUCUGCGGAAGAGCAAACCCGGAAGCGAUACAAAAACAAUUAGGUGAAUAGACUGACGAGAUUGGGCUGCAGUGAAUGAAUGCGCAAGCGCAGACAGCGGAAAUGGUGCAGCCCACUGAGAACCCCGCCACCGACUACAACCUGUGUGAGGGGGUUACAGGGGACACAUCCCUGGGGAAACCUGAAGUUCUUCCUCCUGAACUGACCAAUAACGAAGCCUUUCAGCGGAUAUGGGCGGAAAACCAUGACCUCAGAGGUGCUCUAGAGCAGAGCAACAAGAUGUUACGCAAAGGUCACAGUGAGCUGCUGGAGUUUCAGGAAUCCCAGAGAAAGGAGAGAGAGUUCAUCACGUACAAGUUUGGCGAGGCUCGGAACCUGGUGCUGAGACUUACAAGCGAACGCAACUCCCUGCAGUGUCAGCUGGAGGAAGCCAUGAAGCAGGCAGCAGAGAUUCAAGAGACUCCAGAGCAGAGGCAGUCCGAGAAUACUAUAUUGACUGACCAGAGACUUCAGAGGAAAGCAUAUGGUGAACAGGAUUACGCCACCCCAGGGAGCUCUUUGUCCUCAUGUGAAACCCUGACCCACAGUACCUGUGAGACAAUCAGGCAGAUUGUGCCAGAUGACGAGGGGCCAGCCCGAAACAAGCAGAAAGAACCUGUUAACAGGGAAGUUUGUACAGAAAGUGAAACCCUGCAAGGAACUGUGGACCGGAACCAUAGAACAGAGCAAGAAUUCCAGAAGAAACUGCAAGAAGCUGAAGCCAGGAAUACUCAGUUCCUGCAGCAGAUUGCAGACCUGCAAGAGGAAGUGUCUAAGCUUAGGCACCAGGUGGUUGAAAAAGGGGAGGAAUCGCAAAAGCAACUGCAAAGCCUGCAAGCACAGCUGGAGCAACUGUCUGAUGAAAGGAAUUCAGUGAAAGCCCAGGUGACUUCUCUAUUGGGGGAGCUAAAAGAGAGUCAGACAAGUCUGGAGAUCUGCCUGCAGGAAAAGAGAAAAGUGGAGGACAGCCUCCGUAACACCCUGGAGGAGAAGAAGGUGUGGGAAGCACAAGUGAAGCAACAGGUUGUGCAACUGGACCAACGAAUGAUGCAAGCGCAGAAUCUGGAAACGGCACUGAAAGUGGAGAGGCAAAAUGCCACAGACGAGAAGAGGAAACUGGCACAACUUCAGGUGGCCUAUCACAAGCUCUUCCAGGAAUACGACACACACAUCAAAUUAAGCAUGCAGCAGGAGAAGCACACCAAGGGAGUGGACAUGCAGAUCCAGGAGUUGAAGCAGCAGCUUCAAGAGGCGGAAGAAGCUCUAGUUGCCAAACAAGAACUGAUAGAUAAAUUAAAGGACGAGGCAGAGAAGCAGAGGGCUGAUUUAGACACCGUACCAGUGCUGAAAGCCCAGGUGGAGAUAUACCGGGCAGACUUUCUAGCUGAGCGAAAAGCACGAGAGAAGCUGCACGCAGAGAAGGAGAGGCUGCAGGAACAGUUGAAUGAGCUACUGCGAGAAAGGUUGAGCAAUAGGGCAAUGAUUGAUGAGAUGAGGAACAGGCACUCAGAUACCCUACGUCCCACCUUGCCCCAUGGCCCAUCCCUGUACCCUCUUCCAUCCGCCAUGCCCUUCCAACCCGAGGUAGAACCUCCAGACUUCAGCUGCCCCAAGUGCUUUUACAAAGCACCAGAUAUGGACACCCUACAGAUACACGUUAUGGAUUGUAUACAGUAACUCUUGAGAACACUAUGGACUGGACAUUGGGAUUAGACCCUACAAUGCAAACUGAAUCCUGCUGACAUCUGUUUUAUUAACCACUCAUAAGAACCUGUAGUUGGAUAUUGCCUCUGUAUAUAAAUGAUUUUUCUAAGUCUGGCUACCACAGGAAAACUUAGAUUGGAAAGAUAAAAAGGUCCAUGGCACACCAGCUGGUGUAGAUUUUGUUGAAUAAGAUCAAAAGCCUGUCUUUUUGCCCUUUUAUGGUGUAAUGUGAACAAUGAAUGUUUUUAAAUAUGCUCUCUAGUUAAAAACCCUACCCAUGAAUUCAUCUCUGCUCACAAACCUUGUAAUGGGUCAGUACUGAAGUAGUUGGUCAGCCAGUUUAUUGCGACUCAAAAACAAACAUGGCUGCCCAUUUUCAAUGCCGGCCCAAAACGUAUGCUCUUUUGCACUGUAUCUGUAUUGAAGUGUCACAUUGUUAGUAACACAGAUGUUAUGUGCCUUUUAUUGUAAAUAUCAUUUCAAAUCUGCUAAUGUUAAAGAGAAGACAAGAGUCUUCAGCUGGUGUUUUUUUAUGAACAAUAAAUCUGAAUACUGUAA